GUUUUGUGUAUUCUUUCAUCAUUAUUAUUAGUUUCCCUUCUUUUUCUGUCCUAUUAAAUCAUCUUUAUUUCCACCCAUGAGUUUUAUCUUUUUUCCGAUUCUCUCCCCCAUCCCACUCGGGGGCUGUGAGCGAGUGGCUGGAUGGUGUUCAGCUGCCUGUUGGGUUAAACCACAACAGUCCUUUUUGGUGCCCAACAUGGGGCUCAAAGGAUUGAGAUAGUGACAGAUCUGACCAGAGCGUGUUAAAAAAAAUUUGUUACAAGCAUUCAUCGCUAGAUUAAUAGUCACUGGUUGCAAUGUUGGUUUAUUUGCGCUCAGAGCAAUUGUGCUUGUUCUCAGAGCUGGGUUAUGUAACACCUCGCUUGCAGUGUGUGUUCCCUGUUGUGCUGUUUUAUCACCUCUGGGGGCUGGAUUAAGGUUAUAAUUUUGCUGUACUGGGUAACGCUGGCUUAUGAUACGAUAAAAUUACUGGUUGUGAGACUAAUCUGGUAUUUGUACUUCGCAUUGCUGUCAUCUCUGUACUUCGGGAACCAUCUCUCAGAAACUAUUAAUAAUUACACUCUUUACCGUCUCUCCUUUUAGAGCUAAUCUAUGGGGGAGACAAGGGGAAACACUUUCCCCUGCUCCUUCACCUUCUCCUUCUCCUGCAGGCUAGUUACAAUAGCUCUUGAGAAUUUUGAAUAUCCUUAGGAUGCUCAAACCAGCAUGUUCCUAUUGCUAUGUCUCUGAAUGUGUUUCCGGUCUUGUUUAAGGUUAAACAACUAUUUAAGAAUACCACCCAGAGAUCUGCCCCGAGGCUGGAUAGUUAUGAGUGGCAGGGGGUGUGGGAUAGUAGAGGCAAGUGCCUAGGACAUUGGGCACCUCCAGUGUUUUGGAACUUCACCCCCAAACAAGUGCAGAAUCCUGAAAAACUAGUAAAAUAUUUGGGGACAGUAUGCUGUCACCCUGGCAGUUCCAGAGGAGACGCAAAUCACUGCAACAUGCUGGAGCCUGGCCCAUGCCUACCGAGCCUUGUUCAACACUGUUCAGUACCCUCAAGGGGAAGAGAAAGUCUCUGGAUCUGAGGACAAAACAACAGGUGAACAAAGCAACAGCGACUCCAAGCCCAGCAACAGGCACUGCAGCAGUACCAGAGAACCAGCCCUGCUGGUAUCAGUUGCCCCUAUACACAAGAAGAAAUACCAGAUGAGAAAGUCAGCUCAUUUAGUAACGGAAGAAACUCCUAUUAGGAAGGGGAAGCAGGAAUAAAUGGAUGAGGCAGGCUACUCUGAAGCAGGGCCAUCACGGGAAGAGGAGGAAGAGGCAGAACUCCUAAAUGAGGCGGUAACCACAUGAUCCCUAUUCCUGCGUGAGCUGCGAGAUAUGUGAAAAGAUUUCAGCCAUCAUCCAGGCCUGCGUCUCAGCCUUGGAGAAACUGUGCCAGCAGUUCCAGCAAUUCAAAGAAGAUAUGCCCUACUCCCCACCUGUACAGACCGGUAUCUCAGCUAUUAGGAAUAAGUGUUCCUCUGCUCAAGAGAGAAGAUAUAGAAGGUACAUAGCACUGGCCACCCUGUGGUUUUACCUGCAUGACCACCAAAGGAUAUGAGGAAGUGGGAUGGAAAACCUACCUCGGCCUUGGAGGCACAGGUAUGUGAGUUAAAAGGAAAAACAAUCACAAAAGGGGGUUCUUCCAGGAAAAUUGCUGCUCCAGUUUCCAGUGGGCAGUUCCCCAGACAGAAUAGAAGAGCUGAUCUUACUUCUGAUCUUAACAAAGGGACUUCUGAUUCGUAUUUACAAGUAGUGAGUAACAAAUACUGUGACCAGGACUAGCAGGGCCCUGCCUUCAGCCAGGUGGAGGAAAGGGACAACUGGGUUUACUGGACUGUGUGGAUUCGAUGGCCUGGCACAUCAGACCCACAGAAGUAUAAAGCUCUAGUGGACACUGGUGCACAGUGUACCGUAAUGCCAUCAAGCCAUACAGGGGCAGGUCCCAUCUGUAUUUCUGAAGUGACAGGGGGAUCCCAACAGCUGACUGUAUUAGAGGCCAAAGUGACCCUAACUGGGAAUGAGUGGUAAAAGCACCCCAUUGUGACUAGCCCCGAGGCUCUAUGCAUCGUUGGCAUAGACUACCUCAGGAGAGGGUAUUUCAAGGACCCCAAAGGGAACCAGUGGGAUUUUGGAGUAGCUGCCUUGGAGGCAGAGGAAAUUAAGCAGCUGCCUACCUUGCUGGGUCUUUUGGAGGACCCUUUUGUCGUGGGAUUGCUGAGGGUGAAAAAACAACAGGUGCUGAUCACUACCACAGCGGUGCACUGGUGGCAAUAUCCCACCAGCCGAGACUCCCUGAUUCCCAUCCAUAAGCUGAUUCGUCCAACUGGAGGGCCAAGGAGUGAUCAGCAAGACUCGCUCACCCUUUAACAGUCCCAUAUGGCCAGUGUGGAAGUGUAAUGGAGAGUGGAGACUAACAAUAGACUGUCAUGGCCUGAACGAAGUCAUGCCGCUGCUGAGUGCUGCCAUGCCAGACAUGCUAGAACUUCAAUACAAACUGGAGUCAAAGGCAACCAAGUGGCAUGCCACAACUGAUAUCGCUAAUGCGUUUUUCUCAGUCCUUUUGGCAGCAGAGUGCAGGCCACAGUUUGCUUUCAGUUGGAGGGGUGUCCAGCACACCUGGAAUCGGCUGCCCCAGGGGUGGAAACACAGCCCUACUGUUUGCCAUGGACUGAUCCAGACUGCGCUGGAACAGUGUGAAGCUCCGAACACCUGCAAUACACUGAUGACAUCAUCGUAUGGGGCAACACAGCAGAAGCAGUUUUUGAGAAAGGGAAGAAAAUAGUCCAAACCCUUCUGAAGGCUGAUUUUGCCAUAAGACAAAAUAAUGUCAAGGGACCUGCACAGGAGAUCCAGUUUUUAGGAAUAAAAUGGCAAGAUGAGCGUUGUCAGAUCCCAAUGGAUGUGAUCAACAAAAUAACAGUCAUGUCUUGACCAACUAGCAAAAAGAAACAUAAGCUUUCUUGGGUGUUACGGGUUUUUGGAGAAUAUGCCAAAUUACAGCCUGAUCAUAAGCCCAUUUUACCAAGUGACCCGGAAGUAAAACAAUUUCAAAUGGGGCCCUGAGCAACGACCUUUGAACAAAUUAAACUGGAGAUAGUUCAUGCAGUAGCCCUUGGGCCAGUUUGGGCAGGGCAAGAUGCAAAAAAUGUGCUCUACAGCACAGCCAGGAAAAUGGCCUUACCUGGAGCCUCUGGCAGAAUGCACCAGGGGAGACUCGAGGCCAACGCCUAGGGCUUUGGAGUCGGGGAUGCAGAGGAUCCGAGGCCCGCUGUACUCCAACUGAGAAAGAGAUACUGGCAGUAUAUGAAGGAGUUUGAGCUGCUUCAGAAGUGAUUGGUACUGAAGUACAGCUCUUCCUGGCACCCCGACUGACGGUGCUGGGCUGCAUGUUCAAAGGGAAGGUCCCCUCUACACAUCAUGCAACUGAUGCUACAUAGCUCAGGAAUCCUGAAAGUGAUCAUGGUCUGGCCAGAAGGCAAAGAUUUCAGAAUAUUGCCAGAGGAGGAGGUAGUGCAUGCUGAAGAGGUCCCGCUGUGUAAUAAACUACCUGAAAACUAGAAGCAGUAUGCCCUGCUCACUGAUGGGUUCUGUCGCCUUGUGGGGAAGCAUUGGAGGUGGAAGGCUGUUGUACGGAGUCCUAUACAAGUUGCAGAAACUGCUGAAGGAGAAGGUGAACCGAGCCAAUUUGCAGAAGUGAAGGCCAUCCAGCUGGCUUUAGGUAUUGCUGACUGAGAAAAGUGGUCAGUGCUCUAUCUCUAUACUGACUCAUGGAUGGUGGCAAGUGCUCUGUGGGGGUGUUUGCAGCAAUGGAAGCAGAACAGCUGUCAGCACAGAGGUAAAUCCAUCUGGGCUGCUGCAUUGUGGCAAGGUAUUGCUGCCCAGGUAGAGAACCUGGUUGUAAAAGUAUGUCACGUAGAUGCUCACGUACCUAAGAGUCGAGCCACUGAAGAACAUCGAAACACCAGCAAGUGGAUCAGGCUGCUAAGAUUGAAGUGGAUCAGAAACAUCAGAAUCAUGGAGGGGCUCUUGCAUUACAUAAAUCCAGCACAUGCCAUUUCACUUCUAAGCGCACUGAAUGAGGAGCGUCUAAAGGGACAGCUGUGUGAUGUUGUUCUUAUAGUAGGAGAUCAGAAAUUUCGAGCUCAUAAAAAUGUUCUGGCUGCCAGCAGUGAAUACUUCCAGACUCUGUUCACAAAUAAGGAGAAUGAGUCUCAGUCAGUGUUUCAACUCGACUUUUGUGAACCAGAUGCUUUUGAUAAUGUGUUAAACUACAUUUAUUCUUCAUCCUUGUUCAUUGAGAAAGGCAGUCUUGCAGCUGUGCAAGAACUGGGCUACAGUCUUGGAAUAUCCUUUCUUACAAACAUUGUUUCUAAGAGUCCUCAAGCUCCUUUUCCAGCUUGCCCUAUUAAGAAAAUACUGUAUCAAGAUGAAGAUGAAAGUAAUUCUCAGAAGAGAAGUGUCAUUGUCUGUCAGAACAGAAUUGAAGCGCAAGCAAAAAGUGUAAAUCAAACACAACAUGAUUUAAGCCAUACUUCUAAACCUUCACCCUCUGCUGCUGUCAAAACUAGCAGUAGACCACAGGUAACAAAACCAACUGAAACCCUUCACAAUUUAUCACUGACUGAAAGGAGAUGGCUGAAAGAAAGCCCUGUGAGCUAUACGAAGCUUCAUGAAACUUCUGGAACUGUGGAGGAUCAGAGCAGAGGUGGUCUAGUGAAAAGGAACACAGUACUGCCUCAAAUGCCUUUAGCAGAGAAAGAAAUUGCAAGCGAUGAACCAGGAAGCAGUGGUCAGCUUUUAAGAGGAAAGGCCGCAGAGUUGCCAUUAAAAAGACUGCGUCCACCAGUCUUGUCUCUGCGUGGUGCAUCAGAAUCUACAUUUUUGUUGCGAGAGGCAGGAAAAGGAAAUGGCCAAGGUGAAGACAGGAAUUUGCUGUACUACUCAAAGUUAGGGUUAGUAAUCCCAUCUAGCGGAUCUGGUCCAGAACACCAAAGUAUUGACAGAAGUGGGCCACUUGUAAAAAGUCUCCUGCGAAGGUCACUGUCCAUGGACAGCCAGGUCCCUAUUUACUCACCUUCUGUUGACCUAAAACCUUCACAAGUAUCAUCAUCCUCCUCACCAGGAACUAAUGAUUCCCAGAAGACAUUUAAUGUUGUAUCUCAAAAGUCAUCCUUGAAAGGGUCAUCAGAGAAGUUAGUCUUAGAUGAAAAACCACAGGUAAUACACCCACAUCGCCUUAGGUCUUUCAGUGCCUCUCAGUCAACUGAUAGGGAGGUUGCUUCCCCUCUCACAGAGGUGCGAAUAAAAACUGAACCUAGCAGUCCACUUUCAGAUCCUGCCGAAAUAAUUAGAGUUACAGUGGGUGAUGCUUCAGCAUCGACAAAUAAAGACUUUCCUUUUAAAACCGAGGAUGAUCAUAAGGAACCAAGUAGACUUCCAGCAAAAAGGAGAUUUCAAGCUGACAGAAGACUACCAUUUAAGAAACUGAAGGCGGAUGAGGAGGGUUCUCCUGGGUCAGAAGAUAACUUUGAGGAAGGCUCAAGCCCUACGCACCUUGAUGCUGAUUUUCCCGAUUCUGAUGUCAGUAAAGACGAAUACAGUGAGAUGGAAGAAGCAAGACCAAAUAAAAAAUUUAAAUGCAAGCACUGCCUUAAAAUUUUCAGAUCAACAGCAGGUCUUCAUCGUCAUGUUAACAUGUAUCAUAAUCCAGAGAAGCCCUAUGCUUGUGACAUAUGCCACAAGAGAUUUCACACAAAUUUCAAAGUGUGGACGCACUGCCAGACCCAACAUGGAAUUGUGAAGAAUCCCUCACCUGCUUCCAGUUCACAUGCUGUUUUGGAUGAAAAAUUCCAAAGAAAACUGAUCGAUAUAGUGAGAGAGAGAGAAAUUAAAAAAGCUUUAAUCGUUAAACUAAGACGUGGCAAGCAAGGCUUUCAGGGACAGUCUGCUUCACAAGCACAACAAGUCAUCAAAAGGAAUUUAAGAUCAAGAACCAAGGGAGUCUAUAUUUGUACCUACUGUGGGAAAGCUUAUCGUUUCCUCUCACAAUUCAAACAGCACAUAAAAAUGCACCCAGGGGAGAAACCAAUUGGAGGAAAUAAGGCUCCUAAGCAGAAAGACCAUAUUCAUAUUGAAAGUCCAGUAGAAAGCAAAGAGGUUUAUCAGUGCCGUCUCUGCAAUGCUAAGCUCUCUUCUCUUAUUGAACAGGGAAAUCAUGAGCGACUCUGUAGAAAUGCUACUGUCUGUCCAUACUGCAGCCUUAGAUUUUCUUCUCCAGAGCUGAAGCAUGAGCACGAAAGCAAGUGUGAAUACAAGAAGCUUACCUGUCUCGAGUGCAUGCGUACCUUUAAAUCAUCCUUUAGUAUCUGGCGUCAUCAAGUUGAAGUUCACAAUCAAAACACAAUGGCUCCAUCAGAGAACUUUUCUUUACCUAUCCUGGAUCACAAUGGAGAAAUAACUAGUUCGUCAAGAUUGCCUCCUCAGUCAGAAUCCAAUAAAAUGAACAAUUUUGUUGCUGCAAAGGAAGACGGUGUAUUCAGUGAUUCGUCAGAACAAAUAAAUUUUGAUUCCGAAGAUUCCUCAUGCCUACCUGAAGACUUAAGUGUUUCCAAGCAGUUUAAAAUUCAGAUCAAAGAAGAGCCUGCAGACGAUAUAGAGGACGAGGUCACUGAAACGAGCAGAGAACCUAAAGAAGUAGUCUCCAACAAAGAUGCUGGUUUGUGGCCCUGUGAAAAGUGUGGGAAGAUUUUCACUGUACGCAAACAGCUGGAGCGUCACCAAGAGCUCUUAUGCUCUGUGAAGCCAUUUAUUUGUCACGUGUGUAACAAGGCCUUCCGAACCAAUUUCCGUCUGUGGAGUCACUUCCAGUCUCAUAUGUCACAGGCUGCAGAGGAGUCCACAAAUAAGGAGCCUGAGAUAUGUCCACCAGCUAAUUCCCCAUCACCACCACCCUUACCUCCACCCCCACCCCUCCCCAAAAUCCAGCCUUUGGAGCCUGAUAGUCCAACUGGUGUGUCUGAAAGCUCCACUACUACUGAAAAAUUGUUUGUACCACAGGAGUCAGAUACACUCUUCUAUCAUGCUCCACCACUCUCAGCAAUCACAUUCAAAAGACAAUACAUGUGUAAACUCUGUCAUAGGACUUUCAAGACAGCUUUUAGUCUUUGGAGCCAUGAACAGACACACAAUUAGCUUUAACAGAUACCUUAAAAAGCUGGUUCAGUGGAGGCUGUGUUCAGGAUCUCAGAUGUAUGCCGUAUAAACUAGAAAUCUAAAAGGAUCAAAAUGACGACAACGACAAAAAAUUUGAAAUUUGUGAUGCUGCUUGGAUUUGGAGAUUAAGGUAAAUUAACUUGGUAUAGAAGGUAGAAAGCAGAGUAAUUUAAAAUACUGUGGUCUGGGAUCUAAUAGUAACAGAAUAAUUUUUAUUUCAUUUAACACUGAAAUACGAUCACAUCUGGAUUGUAUGCAUGGAUCUUCAUCCUGUGAUGUUGGUGUGUGCGUGUGUAUUAUAUAUAAAGUUAUAUAUUAAAUGAAAGAGCAACAACAAUUUGGAUUCUAACUGUGAGUUUAUAGUAGUGAAAUACUGUAACCAACUUCAUUCAUUUUUUUUUUUUAAAGAAACCCACACACACACAAGCUCCAUAUAAAUAGUUGCCAUGCACUUGCAGUUAGGGAGGAAGUGGAUAGAGUGUCUUGCUGUAUUGACUUAGGUCUUAGAAACCUUUAGCAAUAACAAAUAAACCUCAAGUUUGAGUAAUCCUGAUGUUAUUGGAUACGAAUGUUUGAUAUUUUAAGGGAACAUAGAAUUGUUUUGUUGUUAUAUGGAACUUGUGCAAAUUAAAAUAGAAUCUGAAGUCAGCAAUAUUAUUACUAAGAUUUUAUAUAAAAAGUAGCAGCAAGCCUGCUUUCAGCCAUUUAAUUAUAAGUUUCUAAGGAAAAUUGGGGGAGGGGGGUACUUUGCUUUAUAUAAUGUCCCAAAGACUAACUUACUAUAGAUACUUCAGUAGCUGAAGUCAUUGUAUUAACAGCCAUCAUAAUGCAAAUGGUACUGUUUAUAUUAUGAACUAAGAUUGAAUGGAUGUCAGACAAGUUUCAUAAUUUUGUUUCCACUAUUUGUACAAAUGUUUGUAAUUCUAACUACAGAGGAAUGUUUAACUACUAAAUCAAAAAAAGAGAGCUCAUUAAGGGACAGAAGAUGAGUUAUGUUCCUACACACAGUAAUAAGCUUGGCCAUGAGUACAAAGAUAGGUUUUAACAAAAACUAAAAUGUAAAUAUUUAUAUAGACACCUGUAUAAAUGAAGAAGUAUGUAUUUGAAAUUUGUAUUAAGCAUACAUAUCCAGCUCAAAGCAGAGGAAAAAACAUCACACUACAAUCACUGCAUUUUAUGAAUACAAUGCAUAGAAUAUUUCUUUCUGCCGCUUUCUAUAAUUUGUGAUACUGUGUUGCAGUUUCCUAAUUUGUUGAGAAUCGUGGUAACAAUGGGCUGCAGAUACUCUGUGCGGUUCCAUUAUUUUACCUCAAAUCACAACUGGACCAUUUAGUGUAAGUAGGAUCAUAGAUAUUUACCAGAAGCUAUAGUAAGGGUCCAAAAUUAUUCUGUAAGUAAAAGAAAUAUUUACCCAGAAGUAGGUGGUCAACUAACAGUGAAAAAUUCUUCCGCUAGAGUUUAAACUUAAUGGAGUGGUGAUGGAUUAAAGUGAACGUAAAUGAUGCAAACAGUAUUACUGAAAGCAACAGGAGGAGUUUGGUCACAGUUUCAGGGGGAGCAGGAGUGAGGCUUUAAUUGUGUAUGUAACUAUGAAUUUUUUUUCAGCAUCCCAAACUCACAAGUAAAAGGAAUUGCAAUCUGACACUAAGAUUUAGCAAACUUAAGCACAAGUGUAACUCCUAAGAAUCUGAGCAUGGGCAUCCUUAGUUAGGCACACACAGGAGUAAAUUUUUCUCAGUGAAAGCCCUUUUCCAACAGAUUUUUUGCUUUGUUUUGUUAUUUUUCCUGUAAGUUAAGUUUAAAAGAAUUGGCGCAGGAUGGACCACUGACUUUUUUUCAGCUACCAAAAAAAUUUGCAAUGUUGAUUUCAAGCCUCUUCUGUUUCAUUUUUUAUUAAAAUCUAAAAUAGUUACUAAACACUUCUAAUAGUAGCAUGUUGUCCUUUUUUGUCCUCUUUCAGGCAAAUUGUAUCUGAAUAUGAUUACACUAAUUUGUUAGAAUGUCAGUUAAACUCUUUUGGUGACAUUGCAAUUAAAACAAGGUACUUGUUUAAUAGUGACAUUUCUAGUUACUGACUUUUUUAUUCCACCUAAUAAGACUAAAUUUCUUUCUUACCAAAAACAAUUUCAAAAUAAAAUGGUUAUUGCACUUAACCUGGUAUAACAAAAUCAGAAAAACUCAAAGCUUUGCUGUCCUUUAAAUGUAUUUAAGGAACCUGUGCAUAUAAAAUACAAACAUGUUUUUGUAAAAUGGUUCCUAAGUUUUCACCAGUGAUUCCUCUACACAACAGUCUGAAAGUUUAUAUGUAGCCUUUUGAAAAUCAGCAUGCUUUCUAAAGGAAGAUGACGACUAGUUCAGCUAUGUCAUAGUCAUCUAACUUCCAGCUGGGAUUCUGCUAUGUGAUACAAUGAUAAAUUCCACACACUUUAAAUCAAAAGCUUGUGCAACAUCUUUGAAGAAACCUUGACCUUUUUCCUAGUAUACUAUGUAUUGUAAAAAAUCCAUAAAAUAUUUUUGGUCUGAAUAGCCUCCUUCUAAGUUUUUCUUCAGUCGUUGCGGGGGG